GUGUGUGUGUGUGUCAGUGUGCAUACGAGAGACAAGAUGGCUGAGCCUGGGGUUUGCGUGUCUGUGAACGGGCCCUCUUUAACCUUCCAGAACAUUCGCUACACCGUCCAGGAGAGACGCAACCUCUGCACAUGCUCUGGAGAAGAGAAGGAGAUCCUCAAGAAUGUCAGUGGGCUCAUGAAAACAGGCAUGAAUGCCAUCAUGGGACCAACAGGAAGUGGAAAAACAUCCCUGCUGGAUGUAAUUGCAGGAAGGAAAGAUCCUCGAGGUCUGCGAAGUGGGCGGGUUCUUGUUGAUGGACAGCUAGUGACUGCUGAACUCCGGCUAAGCUCCGCCUAUGUCGUGCAGGAUGACAUACUGAUGGGAACCCUGUCAGUCAGGGAGAGUCUUCUCUUCUCUGCCAAUCUCCGGUUGCCACAGCGACAGAAUUCCUCUAGCGCUAAGAAACAGAGAGUGGAGAGCAUCAUCCAGGAGCUGGGGUUACAGGACUGUGCUGACACUAAGAUAGGCACUGAGUUCCUGAGGGGUGUGUCCGGCGGUGAGAGGAAGCGCUGCAGUAUUGGAAUGGAGCUCAUCACCUCGCCGUCCCUCCUCUUCCUGGACGAGCCAACCACAGGCCUCGACUCCAACACAGCCAAUAGCAUCAUGGCGCUCUUGCACAGGUUAUCACGGAGUGGUAAGACCAUCAUUUUCUCCAUCCACCAACCUCGAUACUCCAUCUUCCGCCGGUUUGACCAACUCACACUGCUGCACAAAGGAGAGAUCAUCUAUGCUGGACCCUCCAACGACACUAUGGGCUACUUCCAGAGCCUGG